CACUUACAAUCUUUAAACGAGCCAACACUUCUCCCCCCUCAUCGCGAGUCACGUAUUCCGCACCUCCUUCAUUCCAUCGCCAAAAGAAAAAAAAAAACUGGAAUUCAGGGGAUGAUGUUCGAGAUGUUGUCCGUACUCCGACAGAACCUCCAAAACCUCCGGAAGAGCCCGCGCGUGGCCGAUGAGAGCGCGUCCACGGUUAUCGUCGCCGACGGAAGACGAGACGGUAACGGUAACGGCCUUAUGCGGAUUCCGUUGUCGAUCUUAUCGUGUUUCGCUGUGCCACGUGUCAGGGGGACAGACGGGUUGUGGGUGUCGGGUGACUACUACGCCAGGGUCUCCGAGGUCAACCACCUCAUGGUCAGCGAUGGCAUGCGAUAUGCAAUUUUAAUGUAAACCUUAUCAUUUUUUUUUAAAAUUUAUAAUUAAAAAAAUACGCCUUUUCCUCUAGGUGAUAUAUGUAUAUAUGCGUGUGUAUGUAUAUAUAUCUUGGAAAACGAUGAAUUUCCAGUUCAUCGCUUUGUCCAUUUUGAUGCAUAGUGUGAUAGUGAAUGCGUUUGCUUUUGGAAUA